AUGUUCCUCGGUACGCAGUAUCUCUUUGGUACUUUCUUGGUAGAGUGCACUGCCGGCGAGUCGCCUUUCGAUGUCAACGACAGCCUGUUAGCUUUCACAAUCUUCCGUCACACGCUUCCGAAGAUCUUCGGCGUUUUCUUGCACGCUGCCUUCUGCUCAUCCGUAAGCUCACGAGGCCGUCUGGUGUCGAUCUACCUCCCCAUCCUAGUGACUGCACGCAUCAUUGCAGAGUCGGGCUCCAAGCCCCGCAUCAAGGACCGCACAUCGGCGGCUGCACAUGGCCUGAUUACCCGUAUCAAAGGUGCAAACGGUGUCGAGAUGCCGGGACUAACAGUUGUCGAUGGAACGCCACGCGACUGCCCCUCUGCUGCGUGCGGCGGGCAGAAAGACACCGCAGUGAUGCGAGAUCAGGAAAUGGGAAGCAUCAAGGCAUCGGCUUUGGGCCGCACUCUGAUUUCUGGUCCUGUGGACCCCAAGAGAGUAAUCGUGGAUUUCAUGACACCCAAUACCGACACGCGGGUUCACAUCCGCCAUUUUCCUCAAGCUCGCCAACUGAUCAACGACGCGGCUAGUGUCGUCACUAAUGCCGGCGGUGCUAUUCUCAAUGGCGCUCAGGAUAUUGCAGACAGAACGCCUUUUGGUGGUGCUAUUAAGGGUGCGCAAUCAGCUGUUGAUGACGUAACGGGUGCUCUACCACGGACCGCAUCUGGCGCAAUUACUCCCAGUGGUGCUGUAGAGAAAGGGAUCGAGGACUAUGCUGGUAAAGGUUGUGUUAAUGGAUUGCCCUCCGUUUCUGACGUGGGAGUCAUCACGAUGAUUUAUCAUCAGGUAAACCAAGACGGUGCAGGUCCUUUGUCGGCGGACAUCGACGCAACGAGUGGGGGUACCGACUCUAAAGCGUUCAAUCCAGCCGAAGUUAUUCAAAACAUUCCAGGUGCCGCGGGAUUUUCAACCUCCAGCACCAUGGACUAUGAGGUUAAGGUUCAACUGCCCUCAGGGAUGAAAUGCACCGGUGUUGUUGGUAACACCAAAAAUGUCUGCAUCGUGCGGGUCAGAAACAAUGCCAUUUCAGGCCCUUUUGGGGGUUCGGCUGCUUUCACAAAUUGA